GCGGACGGAAGUAGCGAAGACGGAAGCAGCUGAGGCAGCGCGACUCUUCCUAGCGCCUGGUGUUGGUGGCACUAUGCAGCCAGAUACGGAGAGGACCCGGAUACGGCCCAAGAAACCAGACAUGGCCCUGUAUGUCCCCAGAGCACGGCGUGAGAUGGCAGCCCCCAAAACCAGCCCCUCAGUGGCCCCCACUGGAAGUGGGAGGGAGGAGAGCUGUUGCCCCGUAGGGAUGGAGAGCAUAAAAGGAUGUGAGGCAAGGCAGAGUCCCAGAGCAAGGAGAGGCCUCCGUCACAGCGGUCAAGGAGAAGCCAGCUUCCCCAAGGGAGGGAGAGGAACUUCGACCCGAGAUGAGAGUCAAAGCAAUGUGUUUCCCCAAAGCAGCCCAGGGGUGAAGGCACAGUCCCAGGAGAGGCUGCAAUCCCAGCUGAAGCCUGAAUGGUAUAGACUGCUCCCUUCCUCCAUCUUCCUAGACCAAACGUCCACUCCACUGCCCAGCAGCAAAGUCGAGGCAGCUCCGGAGUGCUGCCCUGCGCACUCUACUAAUUUCCUGGAGAGGAUGGCAAAUCUCCGGCUUCAGUCAGGGCUUAGCGAUGUAGACUGCCCUUGGGGACAAGAGCGCAUGGUUCCGUCAGCAGAGCAGGGCCUGUUCUCUUUCCAAAGGACUUGCAGCAUUGGCAGGAGCAAGCAGGCAGGAGCACUCCUCCCACACCAGGUAGGGCUGAGUGAAGAGAGUGUGCAGAAAUACAGCAGGGAGAGGCUCCCGGGGCAGGGAGUGCUGAGUGAAGCUCACGCGUUGGCUAGUGAGGGAAGCCCGACGAAGCCGGUAAGCCAAGGCGAUUCAGAGGUACACGAGGAUCUCUCAUCAGGUGAGGGGGUGUCCCGUCAAGCAGAUCCAAGCGACAGUAGCAUGCUGGAGCACACUGGCAAGGUCAUGCUGGCUUGUACGGAGGUGGCUGAGUGCGAUAGAUGCAAAUGCAUAGAUGAGAGCAACUCCAGUCAGACAGAGGUGUGUGGCCAUAGCAUGUUGGAAGAGGCUCAGUGGCGAGGUGUAGAUCAGACAGGACCAAAGGGAGGCACUGGGGCCAAAGACGCAGGUGGGAGCACUCCUGCCCAGGCACAAGUAAGGGAGCAAGGCUCACCAGGGCAUGGAGAGGAGAGUGAGAGGAGCCUGCCCCAUCAGGCAGUUGAACCCGUGUCCGAUCAGGUUGGGGUCAGAUUGGAUAAUGUGUCUGAAUGCAGCGUGAGUGAGAGCGCUUUGAUUCAGGCAGCGGCAAGCAGCCUAACUGAGGACGCAAGCGAGCAAUUCCCAGGUGCUUCAGGGGUGACUGCAGGCGAACGCUCUUCAGCUAGGGCCUCUGGGAGGUUGGACGGUCUGCCCAAUUGCGUCCUUGAGGUAGUGGGGGAUGAAAUAGGGCAGGUGUGUGGUAGUGAGCAUGAGAAGGGGGGCGGCUUCUCCCAUCACACCAGCCAGUGCGAAGUGGAUGCCUCUGAGGCUGCACUGACAACGGGAGGAACGGAGUUGGGCACGGAUGAUCCAUGCACUGAGGUUAGAGGCAGUGCUGAAGCAAGCAGUUCCUUCGAGGAAGGUGCUCGCUGGUUACUGGAAGGUGCCUCCGAGAAGAUGGCAUCCUGUCCAGAGAGUGUUCUGGACGAAGCAGAAGCACCCUUAGGUGACACCUCUGCGGAACAGCCAACUCAUGGGGAUGUGGGCGUGAGGUUGUGGCAUCCAUCCAAGGCUGAAGGAGAAGCUGGACGGAGUGUGCCAUCCAGUCGGGAGGAACCCACUAGAACCAGCGUCGGCCCUGCAACCCGCAGGGAGGAGGAUGACAUGGUGGAAGAGAGCUGGGAUGCUCUGUUCAAUGACGAUGGUGAAUGCCUGGAUCCACACUUGCUGGAGGGGAAACUGCAGCUGCUCUUUGCUGGGAAGGAUUCUGCCCCUCUGGGAAAAACACUCUCGGUCCCCAGUCCACCCGCCACAGGGCUACAGGAGCCACGCUUUGACUACUACAACUACUCUCCCACUGAUCUGGACUUGAGCGACUCUGAGCUGCCGCACGUCAUUGAGAUCUACGACUUCCCGUCCGAAUUCCGCACUGAGGACCUUCUGCGUGUCUUCUGCAGCUACCAGAAGAAAGGCUUUGACAUUAAGUGGGUCGAUGACACACAUGCCCUCGGUAUCUUCUCCAGCCCCAUCACAGCCCGGGAUGCUCUCAGCACCAAGCACCUGCUGGUGAAAACCCGCCCGCUGUCGCAGGCCACACGAGCGGCAAAGACCAAAGCCCAGGCCUACGCAGAAUUCCUGCAGCCAGCCAAAGAGCGCCCCGAGACCUCAGCUGCUCUGGCCAGGAGGCUGGUGACGGGCGCCCUCGGUGUGCGGAGCAACCAAAGCAAAGCCGAACGCGAAGCCGAACGCAAGCAGUUACAAGCAGCCCGAGAGCGGAAGCGCCUGGAAGCCAAGCAGAGAGAAGAUGCCUGGGAAGGCCGUGAGUGAGCCAACGUGAUCGCCAGCGGGAGGAGAGAGACGGCCAGACCCUUGCCGGAGCUGGAUUGAGACCCUUGACAAGGAAGGGCAGGUUGUGCUUGUGGCCUUGGGGUGUUCUGCUGUUCCGUUUGGGGCAAGCUGCAAGGCAUGGGGCCCGUUGCGCAUGCUCAUGAGUAGCCUGAAUCUGCUUCAGUGGGACGCGGGAGCCCAAGGGAAGCAUCGCUCCUGUGCGUAUCCGAAACGGCAGGACUGGAGCUUGGCCCAGAAGAGCUGCCACUUGGGCCUCAGGCCUCAAGGCUUCUGCCUGGCCCUGUCCUCUGCAAGGCUGUGUGCCGUGGAAAUGGGUCCCAACUGCCCAAGCCCUCUGGGAUGCAGCGGCUCCCUGCCCUGUUGGGCAGCAGACAGACCGACCACUGGGCAGCGCCGUGUUCCGUGGCGCUGGACUGAGCGGUGGCAGCUUUUAGGACAGGCCUACCAGGUUGGCCAAGAGCCCACUGUUGAGUUUGCUAUUAAAGUUCCUUUUUUGUUA